AUGGGUGCUUUCACAUAUGUCUUAAAAUUUAUUAUAACACAAGCAGACGCUGAUAUUAUUAGAAAUAUACGAGAACAUCUAUCUAUCUGUGUGUAUAUCUAUCUAUCUAUGUUCAUAUCUGUUUAUCUAUCUAUCUACGUGCCAGUGCAAAAUCUAAAACUUGAAUAUUUACAUCUAUCUAUCUAUGUACAUGUUUAUCUAUUGAUCUAUCUGUGUACAUUUCUGUCUCUAUCUAUCUAUCUAUCUAUCUGUGUAAAUUUCUAUUUAUCUAUCUAUCUGUGUAAAUUUCUAUCUAUCUAUCUAUCUGUUUUUAUCUAUCUAUCUAUCUAUCUAAGUUUCUUCCUUAUCUAUCUAUAUCUAUCUAUCUAUCUAAGUCUCUUUGUAUCUAUCGAACUAUCAGUCCAUUCAUUUUUUCUUUCUUUUUUUUCUAUCUAUCUAUCUAUCUAUCUCUAUCUAUCUAAGUCUCUUUGUAUCUAUCGAACUAUCAGUCCAUUCUCUCUUUGUAUCUAUCGAACUAUCAGUCCAUUCAUUUUUUCUUUCUUUUUUUUCUAUCUAUCUAUCUAUCUCUAUAUAUCUAAGUCUCUUUGUAUCUAUCGAACUAUCAGUCCAUUCGUUUUUUCUUUCUUUUUUUUCUAUCUAUCUAUCUAUCUAAGUCUCUUUGUAUCUAUCGAACUAUCAGUCCAUUCAUUUUUUUCUUUCUUUUUUUUCUAUCUAUCUAAGUCUCUUUGUAUCUAUCGAACUAUCAGUCCAUUCAUUUUUUCUUUCUUUUUUUUCUAUCUAUCUAUCUCUAUCUAUCUAAGUCUCUUUGUAUCUAUCGAACUAUCAGUCCAUUCGUUUUUUCUUUCUAUCUAUCUAUCUAUCUAUCUAGAAACGAACGUUGUGUCUCUCCCCGGUGGGUUUCCAUAA